CGUUUGGAUCCGAUCGGGGGAGAAACAGCGCCAUCACAUGGCGCUGUUCAGAAGGUUCUUCUACCGCAAGCCUCCGGAUCGGCUUCUUGAGAUCUCCGAAAGGGUCUACGUGUUUGAUUGUUGCUUCUCCACGGAUGUCUUGGAAGAAGAUGAGUACAGAGUGUACAUGAGUGGCAUUGUAGCUCAGUUACAGGACCACUUUCCUGAUGCUUCUUUCAUGGUGUUUAACUUUAGAGAAGGGGAGAGGCGAAGUCAAAUUUCAGAUAUAUUGUCUCAAUAUGACAUGACAGUUAUGGAUUACCCUCGACACUAUGAGGGGUGUCCUCUUCUGCCAUUGGAGAUGAUCCACCACUUCCUUCGAUCAAGUGAAAGUUGGUUGUCAUUGGAAGGGCAACAAAAUGUGCUGUUGAUGCACUGUGAAAGAGGAGGAUGGCCUGUGCUUGCAUUCAUGCUAGCAGGUCUUCUGUUAUACCGAAAACAGUACAGUGGGGAGCAGAAGACUCUUGACAUGGUCUACAAGCAAGCUCCAAACGAACUUCUUCAUCUUUUGUCUCCUUUAAACCCACAGCCUUCUCAGCUGAGAUAUCUUCAGUAUAUAUCUAGAAGAAAUUUAGGUUCUGAUUGGCCUCCAUCAGAUACACCUUUACUUCUGGAUUGCCUGAUUCUGAGAGUCCUCCCACUAUUUGAUGGGGGUAAAGGUUGCAGGCCUGUCAUACGUGUUUAUGGUCAGGACCCUUCGACACCAGCUAAUAGAAGUUCUAAGCUUUUGUUUUCAACUUCAAAGACGAAAAAGAAUGUGCGCCACUAUCUACAGGGAGAGUGUAUGCUAGUGAAAAUUGAUAUCCAUUGCCGUGUUCGGGAUAUUGUUCUUGAGUGCAUCCAUUUGGAUGAAGAUCUGGUACAUGAGGAGAUGAUCUUCAUAGUUAUGUUCCACACAGCAUUUGUGAGGUCAAACAUUCUGAUGCUCAACCGCAAUGAAAUUGAUGUUCCGUGGGAUGCCAAGGACCAAUUCCCGAAGGACUUUAGCGCAGAGGUACUUUUUUCGGAUGCUGAUGCUGUUGUGCCUGCUCUUACUACAGUCGUAGCCAGUGAAGGAAAUGAGGCAGAAAUUGCUUCACCUGAGGAAUUUUUUGAGGUGGAAGAGAUUUUUAGCAAUGUCGUUGAUGGGCAGGAAGGGAGGGAUUUGGAUCCUUACGCAUUUCAAGACUGUGCAUCAGAUGAUGGAACCCACAAACGGGAUGGAAAAUUGGUUUCUAAUAUUGAUGCAGUGAAGGACAUUGCUGUUGAUGAUGUGAAAUAUAAGAUGGAUGAGAAGGUGGGUUCUGAUCAUUUGGUGAAGGACAUUGGUGUUGAUGAUGGUGAUAUCAAGCUAGAUUUCAUACUAGCUGCUGCUGAUAUGCAGCCAAGUCUGGAAACCAAGGAAGUGGUGGAAGAUUUGUGUGGCAAAUUGGAUGAGAUGGGAGACAAAGGUGAUGGAGGAAACAGUUUUACACAGAAGACUUUAGAUUCCAGGGUUUCCCAGAAAAAGUUGACUGCUGAUGUCCCCAGACAAAAAUCAGAGAAAGUUCUACCUAAUCUGCCUAAGAAGCAGCCUACACUCAGCACAAAACCAGCUGCAGAUUCAGUUGUUGCCAAACAAAAGACUAAACAGCAAGAGUCUCAUGCAAAACUGGCAAAGCCAAAUGCAGUGUCUAGGUGGAUCCCUCCUAACAAAGGCUCUUAUACUAAUUCAAUGCAUGUUUCAUAUCCACCAUCAAGAUAUAACAGUGCACCAGCUGCUCUUGGUGUUAAUGUUCCUUCAAAGGAUUCUAGCACAGUUCCCAAAUUAAAAGCUUCUUCUGAUACCCUCACCACUGUGGUUUCAACUGAUGUGACCAAUGGUCUGAAAAGUUGUAAGGUGGAUCCUCUGAAGCCUUCAGGUUCUACCCAAGAGGCAGUUGCUUCAUGCCCACCAUCAUUGGUACCAUCAAUUAAAGAUUCAUAUUCAUCCUCACAAACUCAAGCACAACAUAUUAACCUGCAGCAAGUAGUUCCCCCUCCUCCCCCGCCACCUCCACCACCACAACAUUAUAACACCCCUUCAUUUUCAACCUUUCCAUCCAUGUAUCCUUCAUCGCCUUCCCAACCUUUGCAGGUGGGGGUCACACCUCCACCUCCACCCCCACCUCUACCUCCUAAAAGGCAGAAUGGUGCUACCAUGUUCCUUUCACCAACUCCUCCGCCUCCACCUCCGCCUCCCCCUCCUUUUCUGAGCACAUUUACUACACGAAACCUUGGAGUUGGAGUGCACACUCCUCCUCCACCUCCACCUCCACCUCCACCUCCACCUCCACCUCCACCACCCGUACCUCCUUUAUAUGGAGCUCCACCAAAACUGCCUCCACCAUUUGGAUCCCCACCACAACCAUUACUUGUGGCAAGAGCCCCAGCUCCCCCACCCCCUCCAGCACAUGGAGCCCCACCUGCUCCGCCACCACCUCCAGUUCAUGGAGCCCCACCUCCUCCUCCACCACCUCCAGUUCGUGGAGCCCCACCUGCUCCGCCACCACCUCCAAUUAGUGGAGCACCAAAUUUUUCCCCUUCAAUAGUUGGAGUGCCACCUCCACCUCCACCUCCACCUCCUUUAAUGCGUGGAGCACCACCACCACCACCUCCAAUCCGUGGAGCACCACCUCCUCCGCCACCUCCUAUAGGUCAAGGCCCACCUCCCACAUCACUUGGUGCACCACCCCCUCCACCUCCACCUGGAGUUCGUGUGCCUGGCCCUCCGGCUCCACCUAGGCCUCCAGGUGGUGUACCUCCACCUCCGCCAUUAGGUGCCAAAGGACCAAAUGCUACUGUUGAUGCAAGAGGCCUGUCUUUAGGGAGAGGUCGUGGGCUUUCACGUCCUUCAGGGAUGGGGGCGACUACUACAGCUCCUCGAAGAUCCUCAUUGAAGCCUUUGCAUUGGAGCAAGGUAACCAGGGCUUUGCAAGGAAGUUUAUGGGAAGAAUUGCAAAGAUAUGGAGACUCUCAAAUUGCGCCAGGAUUUGAUGUGUCAGAGUUAGAGAGCCUUUUCUCCGCAACAGUUCCAAAACCUGCUGAUGCAGGAGGUAAAGCUGGGGCACGGCGCAAAUCUGUUGGAUCCAAAACUGACAAAGUCCACCUGAUUGACCUGAGGAGAGCCAACAACACUGAAAUUAUGCUUACAAAAGUUAAGAUGCCGCUUUCUGAUAUGAUGGCUGCAGUUCUUGCUAUGGAUGAAUCAGUAUUAGAUGUUGACCAGGUGGAGAAUCUCAUAAAAUUUUGUCCCACCAAAGAGGAGAUGGAACUUCUAAAGGGCUACACUGGUGACAAGGAGAACCUCGGAAAGUGCGAACAGUACUUUUUGGAGCUGAUGAAAGUACCUCGGGUUGAGUCGAAAUUGCGAGUAUUUUCUUUCAAGAUUCAGUUCAGCUCUCAGAUCUCAGAAUUUAAAAAGAGUUUGAACACUGUAAAUUCUGCAUGCGAAGAGGUGAGGAAAUCAGUCAAACUGAAGGAAGUUAUGAAGAUUAUUCUUAUAGGGAAUACGUUGAACCAAGGAACUGCAAGGGGCUCUGCAAUUGGAUUCAAGUUGGACAGUCUUCUAAAGCUCACCGAUACACGUGCUUCUAACAAUAAGAUGACACUCAUGCAUUAUCUUUGCAAGCUUUUGGCGAAUAAUUCACCAGAACUUCUUGAUUUUCACCUGGACUUCAUUAGCCUUGAAGGUGCAUCUAAGAUACAAUUGAAGUCUUUAGCAGAAGAAAUGCAAGCUAUAAUCAAGGGACUAGAAAAGGUUAGGCAGGAGCUGACUGCAUCCGAAAAUGAUGGUCCUGUAUCUGAAGUUUUCCAUAAGACAUUGAAAGAAUUCAUUGGCAUUGCUGAGACAGAGGUGACAUCUGUUACAAAUCUCUACUCUGUGGUGGGUAGAAAUGCAGAUGCACUUGCACUUUAUUUCGGUGAGGAUCCUGCCCGUUCCCCAUUCGAGCAAGUGACAGCAACUCUUCUAAACUUUGUAAGGUUGUUUCGGAAAGCACACGAGGAGAAUUGCAAACAGGCUGAACUGGAGAAAAAGAAAGCCGAGAAGGAUGCCGAAAUCGAGAAGGCAAAGGUCAUUAACCUUACGAAGAAGAUGGCGAGAUAGGUGAAGAUUAACUUACAUACCCCUGCAUAGGAAAUUGUGUUCCUGCGAACUGCCGAGCUCGGCCUCAGUGAUGGUCAAGGACACAGCUUGUUUGGAUGGUCAGAAUCCUGGCUUGCUUUUGUAUUGGUUCAACAGUAAGCCUUGCUUUAAAGGAGGCAGCAGCGCUAUGUGGGCCAGAAUUUUAACUGUGCAGAACUCUUAUUGCUGGGAUAAUCUUCCAUAAGAUGAUCACGGUCCACUUAUGAAAAGAAAAAAAAAAGUUGAUCAUGGUCCACUGAACAAUACAUUAGAUAUCUUGCAGCUUGACCAAAUUUUGAAAAACAUUGGGGCUGCCAUCAUUGACUGAGAAGCAUGGUACUCCAUGGAGCACGAAUGCUAUGGAGGUGAAGGAUCCAGCUCCUCGAGCACCAUUUUGAAAGCAAAUUCCUUAAUCUCGGGUCAGAGUUUCAUUACUGAAUUGGUUUCCAUUUGAACCAUUCAUUUGGCAUUUUUUUUUAGCCAGAGCGGAUGCCGUUGGGAUUGUAAAGCACACGGUCCAACCAUACCAUGAAACCUUGUACAAAGCUCAACCCUUACUUUAGAGGUCAUUCUUUUUCCUGUAACAUAAUAGUCAGUUAUUUUUCUUUUCCUUCUAGUUGAGAUUUUGAUAGAAGCCCGUCCCGAAAGAUGUUGUAUAGGUUUCAGGUUCAGAAAGAGAUGUUAGAAGACGGGCUUUCUCUUAGUACAAUUGUAACAUAUCAAAAUAUAGGCUGCGAGUAGAAGCUGCUUGUUCCUUUUA